AUGGCAACGGUAGUGGUGCAGCAGUCAAUUCGACACUCCGCUACGCCACCGCCCGUUUCCCCGGCGCUCAGUCUAAAUGUCCGCCCUCGCACUCCUACCAGUGUCCCUAAUAAACAUAUCCCAACUUGCCCGCCUGGCUCAGUCCCGCAGCUGACCUCGAUCCCGAGCGCUGUCACUACAUCUUUAACCUCGUUGCUCUACCCACCGGACCGCUUUAGGAAGCUGUCAAAAACUCCGCCGGUCUACUCCAUUGAUUCCGACACUCUGGUUGCUGCCCUCGACCAUUUGGCGACCCAGCCUUUGCCGGAUGCAAAACAGGUGUUCCCCUGGCUACAUGGCCUGCACCCGGACAAUGUGAUGCAAUCCGCCUUCUUCGUCAACCGCAGACGAUCACUGCGCCGCCUUCCCAGAUGCCUACGCGCCCUCACUUUGAUUAGUCUAGACGAUGACCUAACAAAGUCACGUCUUCGGGGCGCAGUCUCGCUCGACGAAGUCCUUGCCCCCUCUGGCUAUGACUUUAUUGAUGCCGAUCCCCCGGAUGGCUUCUCUGUGCGCAAUUUCCAGAUCCAAACUGCCAAAAUGUCCGCUCUGUCAGACAUUAUCAUCUAUGCCAAGAAAGGGGCCAGUCGCUCUCAACUGCUUGAUGCUGCUGAGAGAUUGUCAAUUGCACAGCAGAAUUGGCGGAUGAAGAAUGAUCCUGCACAAGAGACGCCUCUUUUCAAUACAUUCGUGCUAUCAGAUUGCUUUGAAGAUGUCGAGAAAAAACAUGCCCAACUAGUUUCUGUGGACUCUGAUGGUCACCUCACAAACAAUGUCAUGGAUUUUUUUCAAUGGGAACGCAUAGAAAUGUGCAACAUGUCCAAGGCCUCCGAGAUCAGCAAAGGGGUUUGGCUCGGCCCCAGCCCUGAUUUAUUGGCGAGUCCACAACGGCAGGGCAGCCUAGAUCUCGAUCAAUUCGACGUUCUCAUAGAAGCAAAUGACCUAGCUUCCCUCCCCGGCCCUCGGUAUCUUGAAAGACUACACAGAGAUCUCAUCACUAACCCGGUGGAAACACAAUUGCUUCAAUUUCCCUCGUCAGGAAGUAUUGUGCCCCAGUCCGACACCAGUAACGACGUCGAAGACUUCAUCACCACUAUUCGUUGGAUGUAUUACCUCACUCAUCCAGACGAUGAACUCGAGGCUGAUGCUGAUGAUGAUGUACCCAUGGAUUCAGCACCGAGUCGCACCCACAAAAUCUUAAUCCACUGUGCAGACGGUUAUACCGAGAGCACAUUGUUGGCAAUCGCCUAUUAUAUUUUCGCAGAGGGGGUUCCGCUGCAUGAAGCAUGGCUGAAACUGCACUGCGAAAAAGGGCGUAACUUUUUCGCCUAUCCUUCCGAUGUUGUAUUUUUGCGAGGCAUUCAGCACCGGUUGCUGCAAGAAAGCCCAGCUGCCCAAGCGUUGAACUUGUCUCAUAUCUUAGAGCCGGAGUGGCUGGCAAAAAUGGACGGAUCCCUACCAAGUCGUAUACUUCCGUAUAUGUACUUGGGAAAUCUGGCCCAUGCAAAUAACCCGGAACUCCUACGGGGCCUUGGCAUCGGACGCGUUCUCAGCAUUGGAGAAAGUGUUUCGUGGACCGAACACGAUUUUGAUGACUGGGGGGAAGAUAAUUUGAUGUUCGUCAGUCAAGUUCAGGAUAACGGGGUGGAUUCAUUGACUCAAGAGUUUGAUAGGUGUCUCAAUUUUAUUGAAAAGGGCAAAUUAGACGGAUCUGCCACUUUGGUUCAUUGUCGCGUUGGCGUUUCAAGGUCGGCUACAAUUUGUAUAGCCGAAGUCAUGGCAUCGCUGGGACUCUCCUUUUCACGAGCAUACUGUUUUGUCCGGGCUAGACGGCUGAAUGUGAUUAUCCAGCCGCAUCUCCGGUUUGUUUAUGAACUUCUCAAAUGGGACGAAGUGCAGCAACAAAAGAGAAAAGCUGGAUUAAAACGCGAGUUGGAAUGGGCAUCCGUUGCUCGAGAGAUUGCUCUCAUGAAUAAACCAUAUUCAAGGCAAUAA